CAAACCAACCAUAAAGAGUGAACAAAAAUCACACACAACAAAUUCACUGCAACAACAAACUAGUACCCAUUGUUUUGAACUUUUGAUUAUUAGCCUUUUAAGACUUUUAAAAGAGCUUAUUUUCCACACACAAAACAUACGGAUUCAGCAGUCAAAGUCACGAACACAGGAUAAGGCCAACAUGACUGCACAAGACAAACCCUCUACCGUCACAUCCCAUCACCACCACUCUCCUGCUCAGUCACCACCACCACCACCCUCCAACGCCGCCGUCACAUCCCACCACCACCACUCUUCACCGCCACCGCCCCCUCAUUCCGCAGCUCCACCGCAGCCCUACCCUCCUGCUCAGUACGGCACCUUCCAAGGCGUCUCCAACUACCCUCCGCCUCCGCGGGAUCCUCACCCAGCCAUCGGGUUUCCCCACCCUGUUCCGCCGCCUGGCGCCGCCGACCACUCGGCUCCUCAUCCUCCUUAUUACCCUCAUGGCUACCAAGCAGUUCCUGGUUAUGCAGUUGCUGAAGGAAGACCUGUACGAGAACCCCGCCUUGGUUGCUGUGGUCUUGGUUGCGGCUGGUGCCUGUUUAUAUUAGGCUUCUUGCUUGCUGGUAUUCCGUGGUACGUCGGAGCAAUAAUUAUGCUCUGUUCCAGAGUAGACCAUCGGGAGAAACCUGGAUAUGUUGCGUGUAUAAUUGCUGCUGUUCUGGCGACAAUUGCUAUUAUUCUUGGCGUGACAAAGGGUGCAGAUGACUGGGACUGGUAAUCUUUUAAGUGUAUGAGUUGUACAGGUU